CACUUACCUCAAAAGGAUUUAUAUCAGCCUGCCUUAACGACUCCGUUUCCUUAGAUUUAAUUACUAUCCUAUCGGUGACUUUGGUUGCUUCUAGUAUAGCUUUUAUGCGUCGUUCAAUGGGUUUCGGACAGGCAUAUUUACAACUGGAAAAAACUACUGUGAUACAAGAAGUAACCGGCCUUGCCCGCACAUUUAAUGAGGCUCCGCUUAAUCCGCGCAGAUGCAUCAGGAUUUUGACAAAGAUCUUGGUUAUACUGAGUCGAGGGGAAAAACUAACGAAAAAUGAAGCAACCGACACGUUUUUUGCCAUGACGAAAUUGUUUCAGUCUAAUCAUCAAAAUUUAAGAAGAAUGGUUUAUCUCGUCAUCAAAGAGCUUUCUUCACUAGCUGACGAUGUCAUUAUAGUUACUAGCAGUUUGACAAAGGAUAUGACUGGCUCUGAAUUGGCGUUUCGAGGUCCCGCGAUUCGCGCUCUGUGUAAAAUUACAGACGCAACUAUGAUUCAGAGUGUCGAAAGAUACCUCAAGCAAGCUAUUGUCGACAAGUCAGCAACAAUCGCUUCGUCAGUUUUAGUUUCAUCAAUUCAUUUGAUGCGAAUUGCUCCUGGUGUUGUUCGUCGUUGGACUAAUGAGAUAAUAGAAGCCUCGAGUAGCUCAAAAAUGAUGGUUCAAUAUCAUGCACUUGGUUUACUCUAUCUCGUUCGGAAAAGUGAUCGACUAGCUGUAACUAAACUUAUACAGAAAUUCACACGUUCGCCCUUGCGAUCGCCCUAUGCUCAUUGUUUACUUGUAAGUUCUCUGAUUACUAUAUUAACCCAAAUUCAGGUUAGAAUUGUUGCAAAACAGUUGGAAGAAGAAGGAAUAUCCAACAAUCCCUCUCUUUUCGAAUUUCUUGAAUCUACCUUAUGCAUGAAAGCCGAAAUGGUUGUCUAUGAGGCCGCUCGCUCUAUAGUUAGUCUUCGUGAUGUGACUGCUAAAGAAAUUGCUCCGGCAGUUAGCGUGCUGCAGUCCUUCUGUUCAUCCCACAAACCUGUAAUGCGUUAUGCAGCCGUGCGUACACUUAGCGCUGUCGCAACUCGCCAUCCUGCUGCAGUUACGGCGUGUAAUCUUGAUCUUGAAAAUAUGAUAGCAGAUUCAAAUCGGAGCAUUGCAACACUGGCCAUUACAACCUUACUUAAGACUGGUGCUGAAAAUAAUGUUGACAGGCUCUUGAAACAUAUUUGCUCUUUUAUGGCUGAAAUCACCGACGAGUUUAAGGUGGUAGUUUUGGAAUCAAUCCGCUUGCUCGCGACGAAAUAUCCCAGAAAGUACGCUGUAUUACUAAAUUUUCUUUCUGGCUUACUACGGGACACUUCUGGAUACACUUUCAAAAAGGCGGUUGUUCUUGCAAUGGAGUCUAUAAUAAAGGAUAUUCCGGAGGCCAAAAGCCUGGGCCUGCUACAGCUUUGCGAAUUCAUCGAAGACUGUGAGCAUAUGAAGCUGACUCAAAGAAUCCUUUACCUUAUUGGUCGUGAGGGACCAUACCUGAAUCGUCCUCGCCAAUUUAUAAGAUAUAUUUACAACCGGGUAGUUCUCGAAUCAGCUCCUGUAAAAUGCACUGCGACUACCGCCUUAGCCAGAUUUGGUGCUUACAAUGAGGAGCUGAGGCCAAGCAUUCUAGUUUUGCUGCAACGCAUCAUGCUUGAUGAAGAUGACGAAGUGCGAGAUCGCGCAACCUUCUAUCACUAUCUUUUAAGUUCAUCAGAGUUGGUUUCCGACAAAUCUAUACGCAACUCAUAUCUUCUUACUGAUGAAUUACAUCUCAGUCCUUCAGGUCUAGAUCGGGCAUUGCUUGCUUACACUCAAAGUCCAUCAGCUGCGGAAGAGGCUCCUUUUUCCCUUUCUUCACUUCCACUUGCCUCUGCGGAAAUCCAGGAUCAAUCAAGUGUUGUUGCUCUUGUAGAUCAGUCAUACCUCAACUCCCACGAUGUAAACGGAGAUGAAAGAGCCUACUUUAAAUUUACUGAUGCUAAAAUUUAUUAUGUCAAAUAUCAGCACUUAUUAUCAACUCACUAA